AUGUCUUUGCUGAUCUUUGUAGCGGUUGCUAUUAUUCUGUACAUAGUUUAUAAAUCUCUAAACACUAGGAUCCCGGAUGGUCUUAAAGAUGUUCACACUAUCUCUUCCUUUCAUUUAUUCAAAUCGGCUAUUAAAAAACGAGGUGGAACCAACAAGAUGUAUUCAGAUUUUCAGGAAUAUUUUGAGAGAGAUGGGGUCGUAAAGCUUCUAAUCAAAGGAAGAUGGAUUUGUUUGAUAACAGAUCCAGUAAUCGUAAAAAAUAUGUUAUUACGACCGGAUACCUAUCCGAAAUUGGAUCUUAAAGAAUAUUCACCUGUAUUUUCACGACAUCUCGGUGUCAAUGUUGUUCACUCAAAUGGUGAUAUUUGGAAGAGAUAUAGGCACACCUUACCCAUACACCUUUUUGUUGAAACUGGAGUAAAGUUAAUGAAUAUUUUAGAGCGUAUUGAUAAUAAGCCUAUUGAAGUUAUGAAUCUAAUGCAAAGGUUUACUUUAGACGCUCUUGGAAAAACUGCUUUCGGAUUUGACUUUAAUAAUUUUGAAGAUUCAAACAAUAUUUACGUAAAGACUUAUAACGAUGUUUACAAUGGAUUAAUUCGUAAUUCAUUUGCUAAUAUUUUCCCAUUGGAACGUAUACCUUUUUGGUUAAAUCGAGCUUUUAAAAAAAUUGAUAAAUUGGAUAAUCUAUUUGAUGAAAUUAUUAAAAAUAAACAUAAAUUUAUUGCUGCUGGAAAAUCUAAUGGCGACCUUUUGGAACUUAUGAUAAAAGCUUGUGAAGAUCCAAAUAAUCCAACUUUAACUAAUGUUGAAUUAAGAGUGUCUUCGGAUGCUUUGUCAACUCUUUUGUAUCUUUUAGCAAUUCAUAAAGAUGUUCAACAAAAAGCUAGAGAAGAAGUCAUGAGAAUUCUUGGUGAUUCUUUAACUCCAUCAGCAGAACAAUUAAAAUCAUUAAAAUAUAUAAAUAUGAUCAUUUAUGAAAAUCUUAGAAUAUAUCCAUCGGUGAGUCCCAAUUUUUUCACAUUACGUAAAUUAAGUGAAGAUUUAAAAUGCAAAAAUCAUGUAAUUCCAACUAGCUCAACAAUUGGUAUCUAUUCUUACGGAAUACACCAUUCACCAACACUUUGGGAAAAUCCUGAAAAAUUUAUACCAGAGAGAUUUGAAAAUAAAAAUCCAGAGAAUUUGGAAUUUAUGGUUUUGGUGAUGGUUCUAGAAUUAUGUAAAUAUGAACUUUCAUUGGCUCCUAAUAGUAUACAUGAAGAUGAAUUAAAAUUUGUGAGAAUGACAAAAGCGCUUCCAAUUGAACUUGUGUUUAAACGAAGAAAUGAAUAG